GUCACUUUGACAAGUUCAGUGUUCUUAAACCUUUUUAAUGAUUGUGCUGUGAUUGUUGUGUUCCCUUUUAAAGAAAAAAAAGUCUUUUCUACCUUGCCGUUAAGGCAAUUUUUCAAAUAAAAUUAAAGGUGUAUAAAAAAAUGCAAGGGGUUGCUAAGAAAACUACGAAAAUGUCGAAAUGAUCAUCUUUGUUUAAAUUGGAUUUUUUUCUUUGCCGUGGGAGAAGAGUUUUUGGUUUUGAUUUGUUUUGUUCUAAAUGGUAUGGCUGUAAAUUUACCAAAUAUGCCUGUAAGAAAAUAUAGACGCGAAACGAGCGAAGUAAGCGGUUGCUUAAAGUAUAUGAUUUUUGGUUUUAACGUUUUGUUUUGGUUAUUGGGAUUGGGGAUUUUAACUGUUGGAGUUUGGGCAUGGAGCGAAAAAGACACAUUCAAUAAUCUAUCAAAAAUUGCAAAUGUAGCAUUAGAUCCCGCGUUUAUAUUGAUUUGUAUAGGAACUGUUACUUUUGUGAUUGGUUUUACGGGUUGCGUGGGAGCAUUAAGAGAAAACACCUGUUUAUUAGCAACAUAUGCCAUUUUUCUAUCGGUCUUGUUGUUAUUUGAAAUGACCGCUGGAAUAUUAGGAUUUAUUUUUAAAGAUUGGAUUAAAUCUCAAGCAACAAUAGGAUUUCAAACGUUUAUUAUACAUUAUAGGGAAGAUCCUGAUCAACAAAAUUUAAUCGAUUGGAUUCAAGAAGAUUGGUUGCAAUGUUGCGGUAUUGAAGGACCCAAAGAUUGGGACAGAAACAAUUAUUUUAAUUGUUCUUCAAAGGCUGUGGGAAGUAGUGAGGCUUGCGGCGUUCCAUUUUCUUGUUGUAAACGCAAACCAAAUGAAAUUAUUAAGAAUAAAUUGUGUGGAUACGACGUGAGAAAACCCGGUUUUCGGGGUGAAAGACACAUUUUUGAGCGCGGCUGUCUUAGAGCUGGUGAGGAGUGGAUCGAAAGUAAUUUGGUUCCUGUUGCUGCUGUUACUGUAGGAGUUAUGGUCUUAAAGUCUAAUGUUCCAAAUACAAUUAAUGAACAAGGUUGUUUACAAGCCAUUGAAGAAUGGACCGAAAGAAAUAUGAUUUCCUUAGCUAGUUGUGUUAUUUUUAUCUUAUUUUUUCAAAUUUUGGGUAUUUGUUUCGCCCAAAAUUUACGCGCCGACAUCUUCGCUCAAAAAGCAAAAUGGCAUUGACAAAUAAGGGGUCCCACCGCGGUUUAGUACAGUUUUUUCUGUCGUCCCGCGUGGGAGCCCUCAAAUCGACGCGACAACCACGAAAUUUAUCAACAACCGGAGCAACAACUACAAGAAGAAAUCGAUUUCGUUUAAAAAUUAGACGGUAAAUAUUAACUUAUUAAAGAACAAUUUUCAUUAAGGGUUGUAUUUGUAAAUAAUAACCAGGAAAAUAAUUUUAACUUGACUAAAUAAUGUGAAUACGAGUCCUAUUUGAUAAAAAGUAUACUGAUUUUACUGA